AUGCGGAGUAAUGAUAAAGGAUCCCCCACAACUGGUACUCUUGCGCACCAGCUUCGACAUCGCAAGAAGACCUCGACUCCCCGCAGCGAAAAGGCCAUGUCGACAUUAUCAGAUCGUGUGGGUAAGCGUGGCUGGACAAGAAAAGUGGUUAACUUUCUUAAGGCUUGCCUAGAGUGUCAUCGCAGAAAGAUAAAAUGUAACAUGACUACAAAGAGUAGAUGCACUUCCUGUGAAAGGCUCGAUGUCCCCUGUUCGGUCAAUGAAUACCGUCGUCGUCGCAAUAAAGAGAAGAGAAGCAAGAUUGAUGAGCUUGAAUCGAAUAUUGAGCGUAUGGAAAAUGUUUUCGAAAGGCUGGGCUUAAUGCGACCGUUCAAUGACCUUCCUGGAACACCUGUGUCAUUUUCCCAGUCUUAUCCUUCCUGGAACAUAUCUGACACGAUGAGCGAGUCAGGAUCGGAUCUUUCAGACCAUCCUACAGAUGUUCCAUCUGCGCAUCCGCCCGCCAGCUUGGUUGAUAGCAAGGCUUCUUCCGGAGUGGAAGGCGACAGCGAUGUCUUUUUGCAAAAUUUGGCGUGUCCGAGAAUCCUGGUGGACCUCACAAAAGACAGGGCGGCCAAUAGAAGAUCUGAGCAUGGAGAAAACCAGCACCAGGCCAAGGACAAUUUAAGAAGAUUUGACCUCCACAAUUGCACCUCGAUGUCUUCUCUGCCAGUCCCAGAUCAAGAUGAACCAUUUGACGGCACAUCUACCCCAAAGACAUUCUAUCCACUCCCGGGUAUUGCUGAAACCAUGGUGCUUUUCCUCGAGUUCCUCGAAAAUUUCAAUUCCAUUUGUCCACUAUUCCAGCCGGUCUCACUACUAUCGAUCUGUGACGAGGACAGCAGCAUAACCCCCGACAAAGCAGAUCUCUGGGCGUGCAUAAAUGUUGUUUUGGCAUUGGCGCAUACUAUGCGCUCGAGGGCGUCCGACGUGGCGCAGUCCAACCAUCAAAUUAGUUGGAUGUUCAUGAAAAAUGCUUUGCAAGUGGCGAACAGUUUGUGUAAUAGCCCUCCAACUCUCUGGGCAGCGCAAGCCCUUCUUGGAAUUACCGUCUUCUUACUUGGCACAUUGAAUGACAAGCCAUGCGAUCUUUUCGUCCCAUCGGCGCUCCGGAUCACUCACGAUCUUUUAUUAGGGGGCCAAGGCAAACCGCUUGUCUGCAAGGAUAAUCUUCAACUUGAACAGUGCCGAAUGGUCUUCUGGAUUGCGUACUGUUUAGAUCAAGAUAUUUCCUUGCGGUUUGGCGGGUCUCUAGGGCGGACCGACGAAUACAUUGACAUUGAGUUCUCGCCCGGCUUAUCAUCGCACCAUUGUAUUGUACUAUCGGACCAAGAACAAAUCGAUUUCGAUGUUUUCAGAUCUUAUUGCGAGCUUUCGGUCAUAAAGGGCCAAGUUUACAAACUUUUAUGCUCAGCGACAACGCCUAAACAAUCAACAUCAGGUCUUGCCGACUUGGUGGCUAAGUUGGACGAAAAGCUUCGAGGCUGGAAAGCGAGUGUACCCAAGACAUUCCGUCCUGACGUUCAGGAUACGGCUUCAUUUCCCAAAUCAAAGGCUUCCGUUCUUCUUCUUAGUCUCCACUUCUCAUAUUUCAACUGUUUGUUAUCAGUUCAUCAAGCGCUCAAUUCUCACGGCUCGGAUAUAUAUAUGGAGCUCGCUAAAACAUACAGCUCCGGAAUGUUAUCUGAAGAUAUCGCUCACUUUUCUGCGAUUCUAUGUCAAAAUGCAGCCAGGGCAUCGAUAAAGCUGAUCAAACAAAUGCCCGCACAGAAUCCGUCUAUGGUAGGGAUUCUUCUUCACUACCUCGUUGUAGCGACUGAGAUGCUUUCGAAACAAAUAGUAAUUAAUCCAGCAUCGGGGGCAUGGGGCGAUAUCCACAUGAUUAAUCAAGUUGAAAGCUUUUUAUCAUCUGUCGUGCUCACAGCACCGAAUGAAGGAAUGCACCGAGUGGUUGAACAUUGUACCGAACAACGUUUGCUGGCCGAGUCCGCAGUCAAUGGAGUCGAUGCUCAAGUUGCAGUCCAGCUCGGAGUUAGUUAG